GCCGCACAGUUUCUGUUUUCCGGGUUGGGACGUAUUCCUUUCUCCGUCCUAACGCCGGUCAGCCCAAAGGGAGUGAUUCUGUACCUCCAGGGACAGUCUCACUGAGCUCUACUCUGCCCCACCCGGUCCUCGCACCGCAUCCACCGCAGCGGCCGAGGAGGAGAUCCGGGAGCCAGUCCAAGUGGGCCAAAGUGCAGGAGUUGAGAACUCAAGAGCGGCAGGUUCCGAGCCUGACAGACCUGGGAGGGAAGUGCCUGAUUGGCCAAAGUCUUUGGGGUCGCUAAAGGUGCCUGGCUUCUGUACAGCACCCAGUGAUGGCCCGCCAAAGACUGGCCCUGGGCCUGGCAUUCUGCCUGGUUGCUAGCACAAGUCUCUGGCUCCUGUGGGGAUUUGCCAGGGACUGGCUGCUGGUCUCCUAUGUGCCUUUUUACCUCCCCUGCCGAGACUCCAACAUGAAACUGCAGUUCAGGCAGGAGAAGUUGUUCCAGCCCGUGACACAGUUCCAGUACCCUCAGCCUAAGCUGCUAGAACACAGACCCACAGAGCUACUGACGCUUACCCCCUGGCUGGCACCCAUCAUCUCCGAGGGAACCUUCAACCAAGAGCUUCUGCAGAAUAUGUACCAGCCGUUGAACCUGACCAUCGGAGUCACCGUAUUCGCCGUGGGGAAGUACACCUACUUCAUUCGACCCUUCCUGGAGUCAGCUGAAGAGUUCUUUAUGCGUGGGUACCAAGUACACUACUACCUCUUCACCCACGACCCUGCAGCCGUUCCCAGAGUCCUCCUGGGCCCUGGGCGCCUCCUCAGCAUCGUCCCCAUCCAGGGUCACUCCCGGUGGGAGGAGAUCUCCAUGCGCCGGAUGGAGACCAUCAGCAAACACAUUGCCGAGAGGGCUCACAAAGAAGUGGAUUACCUCUUCUGUCUCGAUGUGGAUAUGGUCUUCCGUAACCCAUGGGGCCCCGAGACUUUGGGGGAUCUAGUGGCUGCCAUUCACCCAGGCUAUUUCGCUGUACCUCGCCAGCAGUUCCCUUAUGAACGCAGGCAAGUUUCCGCUGCCUUUGUGGCAGACAGUGAGGGGGACUUCUAUUAUGGUGGGGCAGUCUUUGGGGGACGAGUGGCCCAGGUGUAUGAGUUUACCAGGGGCUGUCACAUGGCCAUCCUGGCGGACAAAGCCAAUGGCAUAAUGGCAGCCUGGCAGGAGGAGAGCCACCUGAACCGCCGUUUCAUCUGGCACAAGCCAUCCACAGUGCUGUCUCCAGAGUACCUCUGGGAUGAUAGGAAGCCCCAGCCCCCGAGCCUGAAGCUGAUCCGAUUCUCUACAGUGAAAAAGGAUACCAACUGGCUCAGGAGCUGACAGUGGAGCUGAGACCCACCCAAAGCCCAGCCCUGCCCACCUCAGUCUACUGGAGGAGUUCAACCAGGAAGAUGACUGGAGAGGAAGUGUAAACUGUGAGGGGCUGUGCACCCACAGUCAUACAUUGUUCCGAUACCAGUGGUUGGACAAGAGGGAGUCAGGGCCUGGCAGGCCUCACAACUACCCAAGGCAUGGAUGUGUCUUUCCAGGACUGGCCCUGGCAUCCAGCCCUAUUCGAAGUGCCUGGUGGCCUGCUUCUGCCCUCACUUAGUACAUGCUGCUUUUGAGUUGUGUCUUGGGGAUCAAACAGGGGCCGUGCACGCUGAAGGGAAGUGCUCCUCCCCCGAGCCCCGGCCUGCUGCCUUCAAUCUGCACUGUGAUAUCCUCGUCCUGAGUACCAUGCUGUUCCCCCAGCCACGUGUGUUCUUCACUCCGGGUCCCAGAGCUAGCUCUGAAGCAGAGCAGACUUAGGUUCCUUCUGGUCACCUGUAUCCCAUGAGGUAGCUCACUCUCAGGGACUAGAUGUCUGUCUGUGGUAGCUUCCAAUAAAGAUGGUGUGAUCUA